AUGAUGUCGACCUACAAGCGGGCCACGCUGGACGAGGAGGACUUGGUGGACUCGCUCUCCGAGGGCGGCGACGGGUACCCGAACGGCCUGCAGGUGAACUUCCACAGCCCCCGGAGCGGCCAGAGAUGCUGGGCCGAGCGGACCCAGGUGGAGAAGCGGCUGGUGGUGCUGGUGGCGCUCCUGGCGGCGGGACUGGUGGCCUGUGUGGCCGUGCUGAGCAUCCAGUACCGGACAAGAGCGCCCCCGGUGUGCCUCAGCCAGGCCUGCGUCUCAGUGACCAGCUCCAUCUUGAGUUCCAUGGACCCCAGGGUGGACCCCUGCCAGGACUUCUUCACCUAUGCCUGCGGCGGCUGGAUCAAAACCAACCCCGUUCCUGACGGCCACUCUCGCUGGGGGACAUUCAGCAACCUCUGGGAGCACAACCAAGCCAUCAUCAAGCAUCUCCUCGAAAACUCCACGGCCAGUGUGAGCGAGGCAGAGAAGAAGGCCCAGGUGUACUACCGCGCCUGCAUGAACGAAACCAAGAUCGAGGAGCUGAAGGCCAAGCCGCUGAUGGAGCUGAUUGAGAGGCUCGGGGGCUGGAACAUCACAGGGCCCUGGGACAAGGACAACUUCCAGGAGACCCUGCAGGUGGUCACAUCCCACUACCGCACCUCGCCCUUCUUCUCCGUCUACGUCAGCGCCGACUCCAAGAACUCCAACAGCAACGUGAUCCAGGUGGACCAGUCUGGCCUGGGCUUGCCCUCAAGGGAUUAUUACCUGAACAAAACGGAAAACGAGAAGGUGCUGACCGGAUACCUGAACUACAUGGUGCAGCUGGGGAGGCUGCUGGGCGGCGGGGACGAGGAGGCCGUGCGGCCCCAGAUGCAGCAGAUCCUGGACUUCGAGACGACGCUGGCCAACAUCACCAUCCCCCAGGAGAAGCGCCGGGACGAGGAGCUCAUCUACCACAAAGUGACGGCCGCCGAGCUGCAGACCCUGGCGCCCGCCAUCAACUGGCUGCCCUUCCUCAAUACCAUCUUCUCGCCCGUGGAGAUCAACGAGUCCGAGCCGAUCGUUGUCUAUGACAAGGAGUACCUCAGCCAGGUCUCCACCCUCAUCAACAACACCGACAAGUGCCUGCUGAACAACUACAUGAUCUGGAACCUGGUGCGGAAGACAAGCACCUUCCUCGAUCAGCGCUUUCAGGAUGCCGACGAGAAGUUCAUGGAAGUCAUGUACGGGACCAAGAAGACCUGCCUUCCUCGCUGGAAGUUCUGCGUGAGUGACACAGAAAACAACCUGGGCUUCGCCCUGGGCCCCAUGUUUGUCAAAGAGACCUUCGCCGAGGACAGCAAGAACGUGGCCAGCCAGAUCAUCCUGGAGAUCAAGAAGGCGUUUGAGGAGAGCCUGAGCACCCUCAAGUGGAUGGACGAAGACACGCGGAAGUCAGCCAAGGAGAAGGCAGACGCAAUCUACAACAUGAUAGGUUACCCCAACUUCAUCAUGGACCCCAAGGAGCUGGACAAAGUGUUCAACGACUAUACCGCGGUGCCGGACCUCUACUUCGAGAACGCCAUGCGCUUCUUCAACUUCUCCUGGAGGGUCACUGCCGACCAGCUGAGGAAGGCUCCCAACAGAGACCAGUGGAGCAUGACCCCUCCCAUGGUGAAUGCGUACUACUCGCCCACCAAGAACGAGAUCGUGUUUCCAGCCGGGAUCCUGCAGGCCCCGUUCUACACCCGCUCUUCACCCAUGGCCUUGAAUUUUGGCGGCAUCGGGGUUGUCGUGGGCCACGAGCUGACUCAUGCUUUUGAUGAUCAAGGGCGGGAGUACGACAAGGACGGGAACCUGCGGCCCUGGUGGAAGAACUCGUCCGUGGAGGCCUUCAAGCGGCAGACGGAGUGCAUGGUGCAGCAGUACGGCAACUACAGCGUGAACGGGGAGCCGGUGAACGGCCGCCACACCCUCGGGGAGAACAUCGCCGACAACGGGGGCCUCAAGGCGGCCUACCGGGCCUACCAGAACUGGGUGCAGCAGAACGGCCCCGAGCAGACGCUGCCCACGCUGGGGCUCACCAACGACCAGCUCUUCUUCCUGGGGUUCGCGCAGGUCUGGUGCUCCGUCCGCACGCCCGAGAGCACACAUGAGGGCCUCAUCACGGACCCCCACAGCCCCUCCCGCUUCCGGGUCAUCGGCUCCGUCUCCAACUCCAGGGAGUUCUCGGAGCACUUCCACUGCCCGCCCGGCUCGCCCAUGAACCCGCGUCACAAGUGCGAGCCCAGGCCGCCUGGCAGGCCCCGCCCCGCCGGCACUCGCCUGGCCCAGGAGGCCAGGCCCUCCUUGCCCAGCAGAAGCCACAGCUCAGCCACUGCCUCGCCCUCCUUCCCACCAGCCCAGAGCUGGUUCUAG